UUUCCCCAUAAUUUUUACCAGUUUACCGUGAGUGAGAAAAAACAAUGGAUCCAGACUUCUUAAAUGCGUUUACACAGCCUGCUGCAGUUGAUCAGUUCCUAGCUGAGAACAUCAUUGCUCAAGGGGAGAAGAAGAAAUUCAUAAAACCAUCCUCAAGCAACAAUCCCAAACUGGAAGAAUUAAAACUGUUAUUGAUUGACUGGAUUAACACAACUCUGAAAGAGGAACACAUAGUAGUUAAAAGCCUAGAAGAAGAUCUGUAUGACGGGCUGGUACUUCAUCAUCUCUUGGAAAACCUAGGAUCUCUCAAGCUGGAUGUUGACAAGAUUGCAUUAACAGAAAAAAAGCAGCGACAGAAACUCUCUGUGAUUCUGGAAGCUGUGGCUAAGUGUUUGCAACUGGAAACAAGUCAGCUGAAAUGGAGUGUGGAAUCUAUCUUGACAAAGGACUUAGUGAGCACACUGCAUCUUCUGGUUGCAAUAGCAAAGCACUUCGAACCCAACCUGGCCAUGCCUCCAAAUGUUCAAGUGGAAACAAUCACCAUUGAGAACACCUCCAGAGGAUUAAAGACAGCAAAUGCAGUGGAAUAUAUCACAGAAAACAAAGAGAAUUUAGAAGCACAGCCAAAAGAUGAUGCCUUUGAUGAAUUGUUUAGCCGUGCUCCAGAUAAAUUGGAUGCUGUAAAAAAGGUAUUAUUGCAAUUUGUCAACCAGCAUGUUGGAAAAUUAGGACUAAAUGUGAAAGACAUCAACUCUCAGUUUACAGAUGGAGUUAUCCUGCUUCUGUUAAUUGGACAACUAGAGGGUUACUUUCUGAAUUUAAGGCAUUUCUUCCUGACUCCAGCCAGCAGCAUGGAGAUGCUUCACAACGUUAACCUUGCAUUGGACCUGCUGGCAGAUGGAGGCCUUCUGAAUUUUUCAGUGAACUCUGAAGAUAUCGUGAACGGGGAUAUGAAGACUACAAUGCGAAUUCUGUAUUGCUUGUAUUCCACAUACAAAUCCAAGGAAACAUGAUAAGCAAGGCCAAGAUCUUGGGCUUUAUUUUUUGUUGGUUUUUUUCUUUCCCUAGCAUGUCAUGGUCAGAUUUUUUGAUUCCCAGCUCUGUUUGCCACUGUUUAUGUGCAUGCACUUGUGUAUUAACUGACACUUGCUGUAUUGACAUUGUAUAUGCAAGUAUGUAUUCAUGCAAGUUUUCACAUAGGCCUGAGUAACUAAGUAUGCGUGUGACCAGGGCUAGUGUAUUGUAUAAUUCUGUGGCUGCAGCUCUUGCUACAAACCCUGUCUCCUGUUCUGUCUGAGCCCCUCUAAUGCUGAAAAGAAGUGCAUUCUAGGCUCCGCAGUCUUUGCUUCUGGAAGUGAAUUUGGAAGCUGUAACUGCAACCUCCCCACUUUCCUGCUUGAGUGACUCUAGAAACUAGAGAGUGGAAGGAGCUACCAUAGGACCUCUGGGAAGAGGAAGAUUGCAGACACACUUGAAAUUCAAGUUCGAAACCUUUAGACAGAUGGCCAGCUGUUCUCAGACAAGAGGAUAUUUAUUGGAUGCCAUAUGCACAGGUAGCAGAGAUGAAAGCUGAACUUACCAAGUGUCUGAUAAAGUUCCACGGUCUGCCUGCUUAAAUACGGAAAAGGGACUCAGAACAAUGUGCUGUCAUGACACUGUGCUGUAACAGAGAGAUCUCCUACACAGCUGUAGAAAGACGUCCUUGUUUCCUUGCUAAGCUAAUGCUGAACUGUGGCCAGCCCCAGCCUGUUGCAGCCCCAGUGUAAUGUCUGAGUAGCAGGAAUGCCAGGUCC